UUAUGUAGUUUCUAAUGAUAGUAUUGCUACUGUUACUGAUUAUAACAAUGAUAAUAAUAACAUUGAAAAUAUUGAUAUUGAUAUUACUGAUAAUAGUGCUACUACUAAUAUUAGCACUGUUACUAAAGAUGAUAAUAAUAUUAAUGCUACUGAUAAUAAUUUUAAUAAUAUUGAUAAUGAUACUACUACUGAUAUUAGUACUGCUCCCAAUGAUAAUAAUA